UUCUUAACCUUUUUCAUUAUAAUAUAAAAGAAUACAAACUGUUAUAAUCUUAAAUCUAAAUAAUAAAAACUAAAAAAAAAAAAAUGAAAAAUUUUAUUAAAAAAUCCUUGUCAAGUGCCAUUAUCUUAAUCAGUAUUAUUUCUUUAAUAUCAUCACAAUCUAAUGUGUCAACAAAAAUUAUAUUCAAAAGUUCAACCCCAUACCGGAAAAAUUGCCAAUGUAUUUAUUUAAGUGGCACGCAAAAUCAAAAAUGGACAAAAUUUAAUAUUUCAUCGGCCGACUAUAAACGUUAUAAUAAUUCAGAAUGUGUUUUAAUUUUUAUUACUGGAACUGAACAGGAAAUUAUUGAAAUGAGAUUUGAGGAAAUUAUACUAAGACCAAAGUGCUUAGAUCAAAUACACAUAUUUGAAAAUUUACGUGAACCACAUAUUCAGGAAACAAAUCAACCGGAAGAUACAGUAUGUUUUGAGAAUGUUUAUCAAUUCCUACUAAAAAAUUUUGAAACAAACUCAAAUAAAACUUUAUCAAAUACAAAAACCUUUAUUCACAAUAGUCUUGGUGAAAAUAAAAUUAAUAAUAUUAAUGUACAAUAUAAAAAUAAUAUUAUUGAAGACACAAACCUUCAUAAGCAAUUCGAUAGAUUGCAAAUAAAUGGAAAAAAUUCACCAAUGAAUUUUAAUAGAGGAAAUGAAGAAUUUCAUAUUGAAAGUUCAUCAUCAAUUUUUAGUUCAGAAAAAGUUCUUGCUAUGCGAUUGAUUUAUGGGCACCUAAACCAAAAUCAACCAUUUGAAGUUAUUGGAAAAUUCAAGUUUAUAGAUAAAAAUCUAUUCAAAACCGAUGGAAAUUUAGUACCGUCAACAUUUUGUGACUAUGAAUUUUUACCUCAUGUGCCAAUCAAAUUUGUCAACUAUUCUAAGAGAAUUGAUUUUUAUCAAGGUUUUAAUAUUAAUAACGAAUCAGAUGUAUGGAGAUAUUUUUAUUCACCUAGAUAUCCAGCAAAAUAUCCAAAUCAUAUAAAAUGUUCAUAUAUGUUUAUUGGAGGCUAUGGCGUAUCUGGCGUAAUGCCAGAUUGGUCCUGUCUGUUGUUCAUGCAUGCUGGUCUUGGUCAUGCAGAAUGUUCAUGCAUUGUGAUCAUACAAGUUGGUCAUGGCGAUUGUUCAUACAUGCAACGCAGAUUUCAGAACCGAGUUGAAGUAAUAUUUGAUGACAUCCUCUUAUUAACAGGACAUAGCAGUUGUCUCGGACAUACUGAUAAAAUAAUCAUAUAUGAUGGUAAAACACCAGAUAAAUCAUCAAUAGUUGAUGUAAUUUGUAAUGAAACACCUAGCCGUAAAAUUAUCAGUUCCGGACCAAAUUUUCUUAUUGAAUUCGAAGCAAGUGCAAAUCGUACAUCAUUUGGUUUCAGUGCCAGAUAUCGUUUCAUUGAUAUUUUAUUCAAUAAAAAAAAUAAUUAUUCAGAAAAUCAACCAGUUGACAACAAGCAAACUUUUGUAAUACCACAAAAACCAAAAAAUAAAACAAAUUCUUUUAUAAUAAUUGGAAAUAAUAAAAAUGAUUUUAGAAAUGACAUCACUAACAACAAUAUCAAUAAUACAUCAAAUUCAAGGAUAAAUAUUAAUAUUCAAAAUAAUAAUAUAAAACCGACAAUGUCGGUAACAACAAAAUCUGCAACAGAAUCAACAACAACAGCAAAAAUUACAUUAACAACAUUUCUUUAUAAAACUGUAAAAGGAGAAGUUGUCAAAAGUAACAACAACAACAACAACUAUAAUAAUGAUAAUAGCAAUAAGAAUACCACAUUUACCACAAAUACCACUCCCAUAACUAUAAACAUAAAAGUUCCAAUGAAUAUUAAGCCAAAUGUAACCACAGUCUUGAAUACAACAUCGUCUAUUGAUGUACAAAAUAAAACUAAAACAACAUCAAAAUUAAUACUGGAGAAUAUAGAACCGUUAUGGCCAUCAGGAAAAGUUCGUUUUAUAAAAGAAAAAAAAGAGUACAGAAAGAACAGGAGAUUAAAAAUGGAAAAUGAAAUUAAUAACGGAAAAAUGUUUGAAGAAUUUGAAAAAGCUGGAGAAUUAAAAUCUGGAGUAGAUGUAAAUUAUUUACUGCAUGCAAAUCCGAAUUGGAAUUAA